CGUGGGGGCCACAACCAGUUCUUCUUUUUGGCAUCCUUUACCUCUCGCACUUUGGAAAUUAGUGCUGUCUUUCGUUUGCUUUUGUUUUGUGUUUAUUAUUUUUUUUGUUGUUGGCAGAGUGAUUUUUGAGAAAGAGGGUGAGAGAAGCAGACGAUUCCCAUUUCCUCCCCUUCUCAGUACCACUACCAAACCAAAUAGCCUGCCUGUAUUGUACCUUUUAGGGUUUUAAACCAUCAGCUGCUAAGACUGAGAAUCAAGGUCGGUAAGUCUUCAUCCUUUCUUCUCUUUGCUAAUAAUGUUCUAUUGGUGCUUGGGUUUGUGCUUGAUGAUGUGUUGAUACCUACAGAGAAGCUUUUUUGUUUUAUAAGAAAAAAAAAAAAAGACAAAUGUUACUUGCAGCACCCAACUACUACCUGCUACAAUUAUCUUCUAGCGAGUGAAAGCGAAAGUGAAAAAUUUGAGCAAAGAGAAAGGAGAUAGGAACGCAUUUCCGCUUUGAUCUGGAAAAUGAGUUGGGUUUGUGCUUGAAUGAUUGGUAAAGGAGAGUGUAUGAUGAUCUGUGUGAGGGAUGUGAAAGCAAAAGGAAUAGAUGGUUGAUGUUAGAACAUACCCAUUUGAAGAUGUCGUCGUCGUGGGUUCAAAACGAUUACCCACCUCCUCUUCCUCCUUCCUCGAUGUCUUCUCCGUACUCUACCAAUACUGCUUCUUUCCAUAAGGAUUCAAACCCUUCAUCUUCUGGUUCUAGAAUUAGCCCUGCUGUUCUUUUCGUUAUAGUGAUUCUUGCUGUACUAUUUUUCAUCUCUGGUUUGCUCCAUUUGCUUGUUAGAUUCCUCAUAAAACAUCCGGCUUCUUCAGCUUCCUCUCAAUCUAACAGAUACCCUGGAAUAUCUGGCUCAGAUGCCCUUCAAAGACAGUUACAGCAGCUCUUCCAUCUCCAUGAUUCUGGUUUGGAUCAGGCUUUUAUAGAUGCUCUUCCUGUUUUUCAGUACAAAGAGAUAGUGGGUCUAAAAGAGCCAUUUGACUGUGCUGUUUGUCUCUGUGAAUUUUCUGAGAAAGACAAGUUGAGAUUGCUUCCUAUGUGCAGCCAUGCUUUCCAUAUCAACUGUAUAGAUACUUGGCUGCUAUCCAACUCUACAUGCCCUCUUUGCAGGGGAACCCUUUUCUCUCCAGCUGGGUUUUCAAUGGAAAACCCAAUGUUUGAUUUUGAUGACUUGAGAGAGGAUGAUGGGUGUCCUGGUAAUAGAGAUAAUGGGUUCGUUCCCACUCAAAAGACCCUGCAAAUUGACGAAAUUGUUGUUGAAAAGGGGGUUUUGCCGGUAAGACUCGGUAAAUUCAGGAAGCUAAAUGGCGGGGCUGGGGAUGCAGGAGGGGAAACUAGUAGCAGUAAUUUAGAUGCCAGAAGAUGUUUUUCGAUGGGUUCGUAUCAGUAUGUGCUUGAUGAUACGGACCUCAGGGUUGCCUUAGGCAAGGAGCGGCACAGUCAUGAUAUCACGCAUGCCAGAGGGACAGAACAGGAUGUGAAUCUUUCAGUUGAUAGGGAUUUGGAGGAAAACAAGAUUAGUAGCUUGAUCAAGGGUGAGAGCUUCUCUGUAUCCAAAAUUUGGCUUUGGCGCAAGAAGGGCAAAUUUUCUAGCUCAUCAGAUGCACCGAUGGGUAUAACUUCAUCAUUAGACGUGGAUUUGCCUUGGAUGGAUGAAACACAGGAAAAAUGAAAGGCACUUUCUCUUGUAGGAUGCUAAUUCUUAAGGUAUUUUCUUGUCUACUCAUUAGCCAUUGAUCAAAGAUUGGUACGCAUUUCGUCUUGAAAUUUUUUUGUCUGGAGGCUUAAAUCAAAUAAAAAAUAUUCGUUGUGGUUGUUGGUGUUC